GCGCACAGCAGCAGCAGCACAGUAGAGCAGCACAGAAGCCUUAGAAUGCGCGCGUGAAAUCUAAAUCUCCAAUCUCUUUCUCUCUCUCUUCUGUGCGCACCUCAAUUUUCCCCCUUUCCUCUUUCUAUUACUUGUUUCUUUUUCCCUCCCUCUUUUCUCUUCUCUUCUUGAGAGAUUUUCUCUCUCCUCACAAACAACAAUGAGGAUACUCUCUCUCUCAUCACUUCUCAUUCUCGAUCUUCUCUUCUUCUCUAUAUCUUUUUCUCUAUCUCUUAACGAUUCCUUCGUUGAGCGCAACAAUGCCGAUCUUAAUCUCAUUGAUGCUAACUCUACCAAUUCUACUGGUAGUUUCGCUGACAUGUUCGAUCGUGCUUUGGAGAAGGAAUUUACCGAGAAUGAUCAAACUGAAGCGACUGAUUCUGGGAGUUUUAACAACAGUGUUGCGGAGCAGCAGGCUGUUCUGGAGACAGUUGCUAGAGUGAGGUCGAAGAAAAAUGACACGAAGCAGGAGAAGUCUUUUCAGCUUCAUAAUGUUUUCAAUUUGGACAAUGAGAACCAAGCUGAGGAUACACCUACAUUGAUAGAUAGAAAGGAUAAUGUGUUCAUUAUAUCCAAUCCAAAAUCUAAGUACCCUAUGCUGCAACUAGACCUAAGAUUGAUAUCAGAGCUGGUUGUUGCCAUUGUAUCAGCAACAUGUGGUGGCAUUGCAUUUGCAUGUGCUGGACAGCCGGUUAUUACUGGGUAUCUGCUUGCAGGAUCUAUUAUUGGACCUGGAGGCUUCAGUUUUGUAACUGAAAUGGUGCAGGUUGAGACAGUGGCUCAAUUUGGUGUUAUAUUUCUUUUAUUUGCGCUAGGCUUGGAAUUCUCUGCAGCCAAGCUUCGUGUGGUACGAGCAGUAGCAAUUCUGGGGGGCAUAUGCCAAAUUUUCCUGUUCAUGUUUCUCUGUGGGAUAACAGCUUCAUUAUGUGGUGCUAAAACUUCUGAAGGUGUUUUUGUUGGCUUAUUCCUGUCGAUGUCAUCAACAGCAGUGGUCUUGAAGUUUUUGAUGGAAAGAAAUAGUGUUAAUUCUCUUCAUGGUCAAGUCACUAUCGGCACCCUGAUCUUACAGGACUGUACUGUAGGAUUGCUUUUUGCGUUCUUACCAGUUCUUGGUGGUAGCUCCGGUGUUCUUCAAGGUGUUAUAUCCAUGAGUAAAUCGUUUCUCACUUUGAUCUCCUUUUUGGCGAUCUUGUCAAUAUUAACUCGAACUCUUGUCCCGCGGUUCCUUAAGCUGAUGAUAAGUCUUUCUUCAGAGACAAAUGAACUUUAUCAAUUGGCAUCAGUCGCUUUCUGCUUGCUCGUUGCUUGGUGUAGUGAUAAGCUGGGUCUAAGCCUUGAAUUGGGAUCCUUUGCGGCUGGAGUUAUGAUUUCAACCACUGAUCUUGCUCAGCAUACACUUGAACAGAUUGAGCCAAUUCGGAACUUCUUUGCUGCUCUUUUCCUUGCAAGCAUCGGAAUGCUGAUACAUGUUCAUUUCCUCUGGAAUCAUGUUGACAUUUUACUGGCAGCUGUCAUAUUAGUGAUUAUCAUUAAAACUGUUGUGGUUGCGGUUGUAGUCAAGGCAUUUGGUUACAACAAUAAACAAUCACUGCUGGUUGGGAUGUCCUUGGCACAAAUUGGAGAAUUUGCUUUUGUUCUCCUGAGCCGUGCUUCUAAUUUGCAUCUGGUUGGGGGAAAAGUUUACUUAUUGUUGCUUGGCACAACUGCUCUCAGUUUGGUGACAACACCAUUACUUUUUAAGUUAAUACCUGCAGUCGUACAUCUUGGAGUAUUGUUGCGGUGGUUUUCUCCUGAAAAUUCUAGUGAGAUUGGAUUUAAAGGCGAUAGCCUUCGCUCAGACAGUGCUAAGCUUAUUGGUUUGAUCGUCCAAGGGCCUCAUGAUUCAUGAUAUUAAAUAAAAACAUGAACCAGAAAAGCAAAUUUCGGGUAUUACCUGAUGUGCUUCUUACUCUGGGGGACAGGUGCCUAAGAGUGCGAAGGAGGUUGACUGAAAAUCAACUUUUGCCAUGCUGCUCCAGAAUUGGUGUCUACUGUAUACAAAAUCUCUGGCAAAUUGCGUAGUGACGGUAUAUGGCAAGUAAAGAAUGGAAAAUGUACAAAGAAACAAUUCAACUUGCCAAAGUUUACCUCAGAUGAUUGUGUUUCCACAUUACGUGCAUAAUUUUUUGUAUCAUAGUGUUCAUUUUUUGUAAUGUAAUUCAUUUUAUUUUUCCUGUUUUCCAACCCAACGGGGUUCUUCAGUUUAGUAGAACUUCGAUGCAGCUAUAGGAUCGUUACUUGUAUAAUCAGAGCAUAUAUUCUCCCGAGUGUUCCACACUAGAUAGAUCUAAAAUGUAGUUACCGGCAAUGAGCAAGAAAAUUCUGUGCUUUUUGUAAUUUGAGAAUCUUCACUUCAUGUUGAAUGCAAAUUUUGGGCGGUCGUA